ACUCCAAUGAAGUACCAAGUUCUCAAGUCAGAUAACAGGUCAGUGUUCGGAGGAUGCAGCAGACACGCCGGAUGACCCUGGCCUUUAUUAAAACCAAUCUGGGACUCUUCAUCAGGACUUCUAAGCUGCAGUUUUGCUUUUAGGCAGCCAUUCCUCAAGCCGUUUUCGCUGUUACUUUAAAUUGCAAUCAGAUAUAGUUUUGCCAGUAUUUGGCUCUACUGAGAACCACCUCCUCCAGGAAGGUUUGUCUACUCCCUGCUGCCAUGAGGGGCCUUCCUCUGGUCUGGCUGUGCCUGUUGCUCAGCCUUCAGCCUGUGGAGAUCCAGUCCUGGGAUCUGAGGGCUCACAGACACAGUGUAUCCAAAAUCAAUAAAGAGUCACCUUCCCACUUCUCCCCACCUACACGGACCGAUCUCUCUGCUGCCCUCAGUAACCAAAUCCCUCAGAAAGACACAAGAAAUGUCUGGAAGAUCCCAUCACAAGGAGAUCCAACAUCCCAGCUGUCUGACAUGUCAGUUCAUGGAAUCAGAAAUGCAUUGCAGGUUGUGCCGGUGUGGCAGCGAAGGUCACGGGGUCGUCGUCAUGCCAGCAGUGGCGGUGCAAGAAGUCAUGGCCACCUGAUGAGGGUAGGGUGCUACCUUGGUACCUGUCAGGUGCAGAAUCUCAGCCACCGUCUCUACCAGCUUAUUGGACAGAACGGGAGGGAGGACUCCUCACCGAUUGACCCCCGCAGCCCCCACAGCUACGGCUAAUAUUGUACUGGAACAUUCAGCAUCUUCAUAUCUUUCAAUUCAAUUGGACCAGAGAUAAAAAAAAUAAAA